AUGAGUGAAAGGAGAAGAUCUGCAGUCGCCCUGAGCUCGCGAGCACAUGCCUUCUCCGUUGAAGCCUUGAUCGGCUCAAAUAAAAAGCGGAAGCUGCGAGACUGGGAGGAUAAGGGGCUGGACCUGUCCAUGGAGGCGCUGAGCCCCGCAGGCCCACUCGGAGACACCGAGGACUCGGCCGCGCACUGCCUGGAGCCCCACCCGGAUUCCGAGCAGAGCACUGGUUCGGAUUCUGAGGUGCUCACUGAGAGGACUUCCUGCUCCUUUGACACUCACCGUGACCUGACCUCUGGUGCUGCAGGCCCUGUGCCUGCCACUAUGUCCUCCAUGGAGGAGAUUCAGGUGGAGCUGCAAUGUGCUGAUCUCUGGAAAAGGUUCCAUGAUAUUGGAACUGAAAUGAUCAUCACCAAAGCAGGCAGGAGAAUGUUUCCUGCCAUGAGAGUGAAAAUCACCGGGCUAGACCCACAUCAGCAGUACUACAUAGCAAUGGAUAUUGUGCCUGUGGACAAUAAAAGAUACAGAUAUGUGUAUCACAGCUCCAAGUGGAUGGUGGCAGGCAAUGCUGAUUCCCCCGUACCCCCAAGAGUUUAUAUUCACCCUGAUUCUCUAGCUUCUGGAGACACCUGGAUGAGACAGGUCGUCAGUUUUGACAAACUCAAGCUGACCAACAAUGAACUGGAUGAUCAAGGACAUAUCAUUCUGCACUCUAUGCACAAAUAUCAGCCUAGAGUUCAUGUGAUUCGCAAGGACUUCAGCAGCGACCUUUCACCCACCAAACCUGUCCCCGUUGGGGAUGGAGUGAAAACAUUCAAUUUUCCUGAGACUGUGUUCACCACAGUCACAGCCUAUCAGAAUCAGCAGAUCACAAGAUUAAAAAUUGACCGAAACCCUUUUGCUAAAGGAUUCAGAGACUCUGGGAGGAAUAGAACUGGACUGGAAGCCAUCAUGGAGACUUACGCAUUUUGGAGACCCCCUGUGCGCACACUCACCUUUGAGGAUUUCACUACCAUGCAAAAGCAGCAAGGGGGCAGCACAGGCACAUCCCCAACCACCUCCAGCACUGGGACACCAUCCCCUUCAGCUUCUUCUCAUCUUUUAUCUCCAUCCUGUUCUCCUCCAACCUUUCAUUUGGCCCCCAACACUUUCAACGUGGGCUGUCGAGAGAGCCAGCUGUGUAAUCUAAACCUCUCUGAUUAUCCACCCUGUGCUCGAAGCAACAUGGCUGCCUUGCAGAGCUAUCCAGGGCUGAGUGACAGUGGUUACAAUAGGCUCCAGAGUGGCACCGCUUCAGCCACUCAGCCCUCAGAAACCUUCAUGCCUCAGAGGACUCCAUCCUUGAUCUCAGGAAUACCAACUCCUCCUUCGUUGCCUAGCAACAGCAAGAUGGAAGCCUACAGUGGCCAGCUGGGAUCCUUCCCCACUUCCCAGUUUCAGUAUGUCAUGCAAGCAGGCAAUGCAGCCUCCAGCUCCUCAUCACCACACAUGUUCGGGGGCAGCCACAUGCAGCAGAGCUCCUACAAUGCCUUCUCCCUCCACAACCCCUACAACCUGUAUGGAUACAAUUUUCCCACCUCCCCUAGGCUAGCUGCAAGCCCAGAAAAACUGAGCGCCUCUCAAAGCACUUUACUCUGUUCUUCUCCUUCCAAUGGGGCUUUUGGAGAGAGGCAGUACCUGCCCACAGGGAUGGAGCACAGCAUGCACAUGAUUAGCCCUUCACCCAACAAUCAGCAGGCAACCAACACCUGUGAUGGCCGGCAGUAUGGGGCAGUCCCAGGCUCCUCCUCCCAGAUGUCCGUGCACAUGGUUUAAUGGCCAGACAGACACUACAGAGCCCACACCAGCCAAGGCCCCAGAAUUUCCCUGGACAGAUCUUUCUCUUUGGGAGCCUUUGAAAAACAGGAACUGUGCCUUUUUUGUUUGUUUGUUUUUGAAGAGGAAAACAUAUACCCAGGAACAACAAGAGACACUUUUAAGCCACUGAAAGAUACUUGCAGUGGAAUCAUCCCCAACACAGGGGCCAUUCUCCUGCCAUCCAAACCUUAGCUUUAUAAAGCACCAUCUACUCCAGAGUGGCCUUUUAAGAGACUGAAUAAUCAUUUUAUAGUAAUAUUAAGGGAGAUGCUAGAGUGUAGCAGCCAUGACAAGUCACACACACACAGACACACACACACACAGAAACCUACCUAUACAUAGAUACAUGCAUAUGUUUGUAUUCACACAUGCACUCAACACUUACAGACAUAUGUACACUGACUCUGAACUGGGCGAACUCUUUGUGGAGAGAGGCCCAGAAUGGGUGCUUUCUCCAAGAAUUUGUCUGUACAACCCUAGAUGGACUGGGCCAGCUAUGGCUGCCAGCCUUUCUCCCCUGCAGCUCACCCUGUUUCUGGAAUGAACCCUAUAUCCUGGAAGCACUUCCCAUUGAUGAAGGUGGAAAGACAUCAGUACUACAACUGGACUUGACUGCCUGAACAAGAUUGCUUUUAAACUUUGGCUCUCUUCAUUCAGUGUGCUAUCAUUGAUGAUCCCAGUGGUACCCAUGAAAAGAGUGAGAGCAGCUGGGCAGGAGAGAGAGAAAGAGAAAGAAGAGAGAGCAGGAGAGCCGUGGAGAGCAAGACAGAGAGAAAAUGUGAGCAGUGAUGAGAGUUUGGAUGCACCGAGGAAAUUGGAUUUUGUUUUGUUUUUCUUUUCCCCUACAGGUUAUAGAAGGAAUCAUGGUUUUACUGAAGAUUAAAUCUUUUUGGGACACUGUACUCGCUGCCUUAUGCACAGGGGUGCAUGGCCAGGGCACUGGUGAGAGGGACUGGGGCAAUGAAUGCAUCUCAAUUCCACUGCUCUGACCAUUGUGAGCCAGCAGAGAGGUGUACCACAUGGAAGUGCCGAAUCCAUAGCAUGCAGCCUAGCAGGCGAAGGGAAAUAGAAGGGGUGUGAAGAAGGAAGAGUUUCAUAAUCCCGACAGAUGAUACCAAAAGCAGAGGCAACCAAUAGAAGCCUGGCCUGCUGUAUACCAGGUCUAGACACCUGACCUGAAUCACCUGCCCACUGGUCUGGUCCCUGUGGCAGGAAAAAUUCCUUCCUAUUUUAGGGAAUUCCAGGUGGGCCUUCUACCCCCUUCCAUCUGCCCUUAGAGCUCUGUGUUUAUCAAAUAGCUCAUUGCAUUUUGAAGUUUUUUUUUUUUUUUCCCCUUCUUCCCUUUCCCCUUCAAAUCUUUUAAUGAUAAGAAAACAAGUGAAGCUUGGUACAAGCUAAACUUUUUAAGUGGUGUGGAAAUGCAAAUAAUACCAAGUAAAAUAAUACAGAUAUUAUUAAGAUUUUUGGUUUUGAGGUGUUGUAGAUAAAUGUAUUUAUGUGCCUAGUGGGGAAUCCAAUAUUACGAAUAUUAAAAAAGGGGGCAAUAAAAAGGGUAUGUAAAAUAUGUAUGAAGAAAAGGUGUAUAAAAAUUUGCCCUUAUGCACGGGACUCUGUUUCUAAGUGCCAAGCACAGAAAGCCGCUAAAUAAAAUCUUUGCAAUUGUUUUC